GAUGAACAUGGGGAAAUUCAAGUUCUUCCUACUGCUGCUCCUUAUACUUUUGCAGUCAUGCACAAUCGCAGCAGAAAAGCUCAACAUUGAUAGUUUCAGUACAUUUUUCGAUGAGAUAUACAAAUAUACGGAGUUUCCAAGAUAUCCAGAUCAAUUUGACGACGGAAAAUGAUUUUAACAUAUACGUAAAGAGCAAGUAUAGCAAAGAAGAGUCGUUUGGAGAGAAAAUCAAGUUGUUUCUUUAUGAUUGUUCGGCAACACGUUUAUUAGUUAGCAAAUCCGACGAUGAUUCUUCGUUUGUGUGGAUAAUACUAGUAGUCUGCCUUGCCGUGACUAUUAUCUUCAUCAUGUGUAAUUUGCUGUUCUACUUCAAGCUUAAACAGACUCGAAGAAUGCACCGUGAGUCUUUAGAGAACAGGAAAAAACAAAGCGUGAUUCAACCUGAAAUACAAGAAGAGAGAGGCCUAGAGGAUGAUUUGAAGCAACAAGUAUUUCCCAUGCUAUCGGUACAUCCAGAUUGCGAUGAAAUGGAGAAAGAUAUUAUAUUUAAAGAUAACAUAACAUUAUCGGUGAAUUGAAAUGGCUUCGAUUGUGAUUAAUAGCUGGCCCCAGUCUCAUGCAUCACAUUUGAAGAUGAACAUGAGGAAAUUCAAGUUUUUCCUACUGCUGCUACUCCCAUUGCUGCAGCCAUACACAAUCGAAGCAAAAAAGCUCAACAUUGAUAGUUUCAGUACAUUUUUCGAUGAGAUUGUGGUGGAUAUAGAAAAUACCAGUACCUGCAAAGGGCCAUAUAAGAUACAUGUUAAUGGAACAAGUGUGAAUUGCGAGAAUUUAAAGUGCAAACAUAAUUUCAAGAUCUCAAAUCGUACCGAAUUAGAAGUAAAGGUUUUUGGAGUAUCCCAAUGCGAAUCCGAUACAUUUUAUGUUAGAACACCAGCAAUGACGACUGUAACAUCAGAAACGAUGAUGAACGAAGUUAAAUUGAAGUUAAAAGUAUCUGAAGAUGUAGUGGAUCAUUAUUACGUCAGAUACGUAACAGAUAAUCGUAUCUUCGGCAAUGAUACAAUCAAUAACACUAUGGAUAACAUCGUACUUAAAAACUUCUCGAAUCCCACUAACCCAAUACAGAUUCAACUUAAUAAGGGAAAUAAUGUUAUGUUUGUUUCCGAACCUUUUAAUAUAUAUUUGGACGGGAUUGAAUUGGAGGCUGCUACAUAUUUCAAUGAUAUAAUUAUCUUAUGGACACUUCAAGAUUAUUGCAAAGCGAAUCAGUAUAUAAUUACUUAUAAUUCUACUAAUGAUAAGAGUAGUAAAGUAUUGAAGACGAAUAAAUUAGCUUACGUGGAAGGAUUCAAAUAUAACGAUAAAAUAAUUUUACAGGUAACAUCAAAGGAUGGAUUAUGUAAAUCCAACGUUUUCAGUCUGUCAACCCCAGAAUUAAUUAAUAUAUACACAACGAAUGUGACGUAUAAUUCCUUCACUUUGGAGUGGGACAAAGAUAAAGUGGCGAAAAACUAUAGGAUUCUUUAUACCAAUGCAAAACGUAUAAUGGAAGAAAAUAUAACUGGAAAUAGUUUUGUAAUCGAUAAUUUGAAAGAAAAUAGUAAUUUCAUUAUUAUGGUGGAACUUUUGGAUGGCAAAAAGGUUAAAUAUUUGUCAUCUACAAUAAGACAAAAGACGCUGAUUUCAGGAAAUGUGACUGCUGUCAAGUACUAUACGAAUGGGACGAUUAUGGGAAGAGUAUCCACUAGAUCUAAAAUAAGUAGCUUUACUGUCUUUGCAGGGAAAUUGGCGAAUCACUCGUUCAAAGGCAAUGAAUUUCAAUUUAACACGAAUUUUACUUUGGAUCUUAAAUCCGUAACGGUGCUGGGUUAUAACAAUAGAAAAGUUGUCUUUAGUGCAACUGGCAUCAUGAUGGUCUAUCCCCCAGUGGGAAAGUUGACGGAGGUGAGAUGUCAGAGGGGAGAUGUGUUUAGCAUUUUUGUUAAGAAAGUAGAUUUUAUGACGACAGAUUCCAAUAACACAAUUGUCGUGGAGGCGCUCAACGGUACUAUACUUUACGAUACAAAUAUUCGGAGUUUCCAAGAUAUCCAGAUCAAUUUAACGACGGAAACUGAUUUUAACAUAUACUUAAAGAGCAAGUAUAAGAAUAAAGAGGUGUUGGGCGAGAAAAUCAAGUCUAUGGUUAAUAAUUGUAUGCAAAAUCGUAUAUUAAUUAGCAAUCCCGAUGAUGAUACUUCGUCUGUGUGGAUAAUACUAGUAGUCUGCUUUGCCGUGACUAUCAUAAUCAUUCUGGUGAUACUUCUGCUCUACUUCAAACUAUUUAGGAAGAAAAGCUUAUCGGAGGUGUACCAGAUGCUGCCGUUAAUCAGGAUUGCCUCCAACCAAUUGAGCGCUGCAAGUCUAAACAUGUUCAUCAAGGAUAAGAACGUCGUGGACAUGCUGGAAACCGAAUUCAAGUCGAUUCCGUACAACGAGAAUGCGAAAACUAUCGGCCGUAAUUUCGAAAAGAAGAACCGCUACAGGAACAUCCUGCCCAAUUACAGCACGCACGUACACUUGGAUCUUUUGCCGGACGAUGUUGACUCAUGGUACAUCAACGCUAAUUUCUUGCAGAAUUCGAAGAAUGAGAACUCUUAUAUAGCGACGCAGUGUCCGGUCGCGGACAGCGUCUCGGACUUUUGGCGCAUGGUCUGGCAGAAUGAAGUGUCCGUUGUGGUGAUGUUGACGAACCUCGUGGAGAAUGGAAACACCAAGGGCACACAAUAUUGGCCAGAGUUGGAUACCGCAAUGAACCUGACCGCCGGUUUGGCUGUGUCCUUGGAAGAGGUGCAGGUGCAUUUGGAUUACACAGUGAGGACGUGCAAAUUGAGGAACGCGGAGGGCUUCAGCAAACUCGUCAGACAGUUCCAUUUCACCGCCUGGCCAGAUCACGAGAUUCCCGUCAGGCCGAGUUCCUUCGUGGAGUUUGUCAGGGUCGUCGCAAACUAUAAAAAUACGAGUUAUCCGGUGGUAGUGCAUUGCAGCGCUGGUAUCAACAGGACUGGUGUCUAUAUACUAGUGGACAGAUUGUGGGAGCAAAUCAAGUGGAAUAUGCUAAUCGAUGUUCCCAUGACUUUGGCUCAACUUCGGAAGGAACGAAAACGCUUGCUGAGCGAAUUGCUGCAAUACAAGUUCGUCUACUGCGCGCUGAACGAGCUGGUGAACGGCGAAUCCACCAAUCUGCACAUGGACCAGCUGAUGACUCGCAUUCCAGAAGAAGAGCUCCGAUACGUUAAUGACAACAAUUACUGGCUGGGCGUGAUGGGAUGCGCCGUUCAGCCUGGUUACGAGUUGAACAAGGCGAAACAUCGGAACCAGAACAAACCCUUCAGAAGUAGAACUGGAGUGCUUUAUCUGGAUAGGUUACAUUCGGACGAUCAAUCCUACUACAUCGCAGCGGUGAAAAUCAGCGGUAGAAGGGCAAAAUCGAUGAUCUGCACGCAACAACCACUAAGCAACACAGUGUUCGACUUCUGGAGAUUGAUAUAUCUGCACAAGACCGAGAUCAUUUUCGUGCUGCACACCAUAGAUGUCCUGGAAAACGUUUUCUGGCCCCAAGAUGGUAACCCGUUCGUUUUGGACAACGUACUUUCCGUUCAUCUGCUAGAGUUCAGUGAGGAACCGCUUAUACAGGUAUACAAUUUGGAAGUGAGAGGAAAGGACGGUAACAUCAGCGUGACUCUGUUGCACUUCGAGGCGUGGCCCAGCAACAAUUUUCCGAAUUAUGAGAACUUCUUGCAGUGCUUUGAUAUUUACAGGAGUUCGGAAAUCGACAGGAACGUGGUUUUAGUUUGCAGUGACGGGGCCAAAGGUUGCGGUUUACUUUUGACCUUCCAAGAUGUUCACGAUCAACUCACCAACGAGCAAAUGUGCAAUGUCUCUACGACUAUUAGAUCUUUGAGAUACUAUAGGGACGAUUUCAUGGAUGAUCUAGCACAAUAUGAAUUCCUUUUUAACGUUAUAAAAUAUAACUUAUCUGAGUAUUCCAGCAGCGUAGAUGUACCGGCAAUUCAUUGAGCAAUAAGAAUUCAUGAUAUUUCUAUUCGACGUUCAAUUUAAAGUAUUAAAUUAAUUACACUUGUCGGUUAACGCUAGUCCUGCAGUUUUCGUUGCCCAAAAUGCUUGUUUAUUAUAUAAUUUAAUUGUAAAUGUAUUAUUAUAUUAAUUUUUAUAAACAAUUCAUAUUUGUUAUCAUCCAAUCUGUGGGGAAACCCUUCUAAUCUAAUCAAUAUCCGAAAAAUUAAGGCCGUGUUCCACAUU